AUGGAUACCCCACAUUCCGCGAGCUCAAUCGCUCCACCAGGCGUAUCGGGCAAGGACAAACAUUCAACAAGCUCUCUCCAGGCCGAGGAAAGAUCGAUUCAACAUGGAGAGCAAGAUCUACUGCAAGGGGAGAAGGUGGAUGAGGUCCUCGCUGCUAAAAUGAUGCUCAUCAAUGAUACUAUUGAUGAGAUUGGAUUUACGCCUUACCACUGGAAACUGUUUUGCCUGAACGGAUUCGGAUAUGCAGUUGACUCGCUGAUCCUGCUGAUCCAGUCCAUUAUCUCGACCCAAGCUAGACUGGAAUUCAACCCGGGGUAUGCCACCGGACUCACGAUUGCGGUUUAUGUGGGUAUGUUGGUAGGGGCUAUUUUCUGGGGUUUCUCGGCGGACAUCAUCGGCCGGCGGUUCGCUUUCAAUUUUUCCUUAUUCGUCUCGGCGAUAUUCACUAUCGUUGCGGGGGCAGCGCCCUCUUGGAUUACUCUGGGUUUGUUUGUCUGUCUGAGUGCCUUUGGUGCUGGCGGAAACUUGGUCUUGGAUACGACCGUCUUCCUUGAAUACCUUCCCAGCAAGAACCAGUGGCUGCUGACACUCAUGGCGGCUUGGUGGGGCCUUGGUCAGCUCAUCGCAGGUCUGUUUGCCUGGGCCUUCAUUCCCAAUUAUUCUUGCAGUGAUGCAGCUACAUGCACUCGUGACAACAAUCAGGGAUGGCGUUAUGUAUGGUACACAUCUGGUGCCUUGGUCUUUGUUCUCUCCAUCCUCCGUAUAACCAUCAUUCGCCUCGAAGAGACACCCAAAUUCCUAGUCUCCGAGGGCAAAGAUGAACAAGCGGUGCGUGUUUUACGGAACAUCGCCAAUCAUUAUGACCGCCCAUGCAGCUUAUCCGUUGAGCGCCUCCAAGCAUUCGGGCAAAUUCCCCGUCGCCAAACAAACGGAUCGAGUUGGUUCGUACGACUCAUUUCUCCGAGUGAAGUAUUCUUCCAUCUCCGUGGACUCUUCGCAACUCGCAAAAUGUCUUUAUCGACAAUCCUAGUUUGGUUCUCGUGGCUUCUCAUCGGCCUCGCAUAUCCACUUUACAACGUGUUCCUCCCCAUCUAUCUUGCCUCGCGUGGCGCAAGUUUUGGAGAGACUAGCCCUUAUAUCACAUGGCGGAACUACGCCAUCAAUAAUACGUGCGGUAUUUUCGGUCCUAUUCUAGCGGGCUUCAUGUGUCGCUCGCCAUGGUUUUGGGGUCGUCGGGGAACAAUGAUUAUCGGAGCAAUGGUCACGAUAGUUUUCUUCUUCUGUUAUACGCAAGUGCGAAGUGCAAGUCAGAAUUUGGGCUUCACGUGUGCUAUCUCAUUCUGCUUGAAUGUGUACUACGGUACCCUCUAUGCUUACACGCCGGAGGUUUUUCCCUCUGCUCAUCGCGGCACAGGGAAUGGUGUUGCCAUCGGACUCAACCGAAUUAUGGGCAUCGUUAGUGCUGUUGUUGGUGAAGCUGCGAAUACUGACACUCCGGUGCCGAUCUACAUUUGCGCCGCUCUUUAUAUUGUGAUGGCAAUUGUUGCUGGUGCCUUUCCAUUUGAACCUUAUGGUCGACGAAGCAGCUGA